UUGAUACUCCGAGCAACUUGGCUAUCUUAAGGAGCACUUCAGAGUCUGAACCUUUAAAUUGAAAUCGGUCAGAAAAACAGCACACUUAUAGACAAUUAUUUCCGAAAAGCUGUUUGUAGGAAACAUGAAUCCAGCAGUUGUGAUUAUUUUGGCCUUGACUGCUGUUGCUAAUGGGGAACCAGAAAUCGUCCCAGUGCCGAAUGGUGUAAGUGGAAGUGGAAUAACAACCCGUUACUGGGACUGUUGCAAACCCAGCUGUGCCUGGCAGGAAAACCUUGGAGAAAGUGGUAAAACCGUCCCUGUAAGAUCUUGCGCCAAGGAUGGUUUAACUACCAUUGACAUUGAGCAGGAAACUGGUUGCUACUUGAACUCUUCUAGUGCGUCUUACAUGUGCGUGGACCAAACUCCAUGGGUCUACAAUGAGACGGUCAGUUACGGUUUUGUUGCUGCUUCAUUCAAAGGAGGAGACGACAACUCCAAAUGUUGUUCCUGUUUACUCUUGAAAUUCCAAGGGGAAAUUCUUGGAAAACAACUGAUUGCCCAGAUUACCAAUACUGGAGGACCUUUGUCACAAAACCACUUUGAUAUUGCAAUUCCCGGAGGUGGGGUUGGACCAGCUACUUUCGGAUGUUGGAACGAAUUCGACUCGCCUCUUGGAGGCUGGGGAGAGGAGUUUGGUGGCGUCUCCUCAUUGGAGGAGUGUGACGAAUUGCCCGAAAUUUUGCAACCAGGAUGUCAAUGGAGAUUCAACUGGCUUGGAGAAGAUAACCCAGAUGUAGAAUUCGAAGAAAUCUAUUGUCCUGAGGAGCUGAACGCUAUCACAGGGUGUAGUUAGGAAAUUAAUGUGAAGUAUAAUAUCAGAUAAAUAUAAAAUUGUAUUCAAA